AUGGAAAACUUUGCUGAAGGCAUUUCCGGGCAGGAUUCCGAGGCGCAGCCUAACGAUAGUGUGAUGAGCAACAUGCAAAAUAUGUUGUCAUCAAUUGAAAUAUCCAGUGGAGAUGAAGACCUCGCUGCAGCACCAUUGAAGCGCUUAAAGAGCGAUCAGCCGGAGCCGGUGGUUGCCAAGAAAGCCAAGCCGAAUGUCAUUCAGGGCAGUGUUGGUAACGAUGCCACAGUCCCAAAGCCACUGAAUGAAGCACUUAAGUAUGUCUACAGCGAUUCUGCUGUUAAUUCGGGCUCCUCCAAGUACAAAAAACAAAUAGAUGUGCAGCACAUCACGAAGUGUUUCCGCGAAAUUGGCGGCAUGGAGGAUACGCUUAAGGAGCUUUGCGAGUUGUUCAUACACAUACAUAAGCAGCCGAUUUUCUGUUAUCAAUUGCGACUGAUACCCUCGAGGGGUAUCCUGCUGCAUGGACCACCAGGCUCCGGCAAGACCUUUCUGGCCCGUGCCAUAAGUGGACAACUGAAGAUGCGGCUGCUUGAAGUGCCGGCCACUGAGCUAGUUGGUGGCAUAUCCGGUGAGUCCGAGGAGCGCAUACGCGACGUUUUUCAACAGGCCGUGUCCUGUUCGCCCUGUGUUUUGUUCAUUGAUGAGAUCGAUGCCAUUGCCGGUGACAUGAAUCGCGGCAUUGUAUCGAAGCUGAUAAGGAGCUUGGAUAAUAUGUGGAUGGACAGGUUUGCCCGCAAAGUGAUAGUGAUUGCUGCCACCACGCGUCCUGAUGUCCUAGAUCCUGGCCUGCGUCGUGCCGGUCGCUUCGAACACGAAUUUGCUUUACGCAUACCGACGUGCAAGGAGCGUCGCGAGAUCCUCCGUCUUCAGUGCGUAGCUAAGGCUAUCUCGUCAUAG